AAAUAAUUUGGUGUGAAAUGUAAGGCCAUGCUGUUCUCAACGAAAGGAAGAAUGUAACUGACGAACUAUGAGCUGGUUCAAAGCAUCACUUAGCCAAUAUGCUCAGGAUGCCCUCAGUCAAGCUCAAGCAUCUAUUGAUAGGGCUCUUGAAAUAGAGCCGGCUCAGGACCCAUUAUCAGGAAGUGCACCCGUACCUAAACCUAAGCCAAAGAAGCCUCGCACACCACCACCAUCUAGACGAUCAGAAACAGUUAGAAGCGCUGACAGAGCAAGGAUUUCUGACAAACCAAGGAGUUCUGAGAAGCCUACAGCUGCUGCUGAUAAUUGGACAUCAUGGGGUGCUAGCACUGUGAAUAAUAUUUUUGAGAAUUCCUUUUCGUCUCCUGGCGAAGAAAGUAUUCAGAAAAGGACUCCUCCAACUAGAAAGAAAUCUAAUGCAUUAAAACUAGGAGGACACAAAAGAACAUCCCCUACCAACAAUUUGCGCGGUGACAAAUCACCAAAGCCUUCAAGUAGACGUACAGAUAGACAAUCUCAAAAGACAUGCAGCACAACUGGUCUAAAUCUUGUAGAGAUCAACAUCAACGAUCCACCUGUUGAGACUGAAGAUCUAUUGAAAACUCACAAAGAUUUAAAUGAAGACGUGGGUACUGAAGAGCCCAUCAGCACUCCAAUUUCAGAACAGGAGUUGUCUUCAACUAAACAAUUGGAAGCUGAUCAUGAGCCGUCUGAAAAACCAAUCAAUGAUGCGCUGUUAAAUGAAAAUGAAUUUACAGCUACCUCUCUCAUUCCUACACCUCUAAUGAAUGUUUCAAGCUCCGGAACUCUAAAAUCUGUAUCCAGUUCUGGUUCAUUGCAAACAAUGGAAAACUCAGAAUCAGUUCCUCCUGCUGACAAAGCAAACGACAGUCUCAGGGCAGGUGAUGUUCCUGAUAAAGACCCUACCACUCCAACGUUAUCAACAUGCAGCUCUAGUUCUGCCCUCUCAAAAAGUCUCAUGGUCAACAGUUCGUCUUCAAACAGCUCUGAACAAUCUGCUGCAAUGUCUUUUUGUACUAUAACUAAUGAGCCAAUACAACAGCUUGUUGUAGAUGUUGUUGAUGAGGUGUCAGAAGAUUGUGUUAGUGUCCCGUCUCCAGAACGUGGUGGUUGGUCUGAAGACGAGAUUGACGAGAUUGAUGUCGACAAAGCAAGCAGUGACCAAGAUAGUAGGUCAUCAUUUGAAGUCACAGAACACAAGAGAUGUUUGAGUAUCGGCAGUACAGCUAGCUCUUCAAUUCUUAUGUUGCAGUCACCCUAUGAUACCACAGAUGGAGACAAAAGUGAUAAGAGUGAUAUCAAGAGUGAUAAAAGUGAUGAGAAAUCAGAUGAAGAUUCAAUGAAAACCCCAACUGACCUACCUGCUCCUCCGACACCUACAUUGGAACUUGCACAUCAAACAAUCGUGGAGGAAGUACCAGCUAGCAGUGUUCCUGCACGAAUCAUAACUUCUCCAACCCACAGUGAUCAGAGUGAUCUCAUGGUUAUUUCAGAACCAGACACUGCUUCAAACAACGAGCUUAUGAAACUCAAGGAAAUACUUCAUGCAAGGGAACAGAGGCUGUUCAGGAUGAAUCAUGAGUAUGUUCAAGUUCAGGAUGAGCUGCAAAGUGAACGACAAAGAAGUCAUAAUCUUGAGCAGAAUCUUAAUCUUUUGAGUCAGAAGCAUACUGUUUCUGUGGAGAGGCUUGAGGAUGAACUGGCUGCUAUGGAUGAUCUUAAGAAUCAUCUGGAGGAAGAGAUACAAUCUAUGAGAAAUCUUGGCGAUAUAAAUGAGCUGAAAUGUGAACUAGAUGAAAAGGAUCAGCUCAUAGAGGAGUUAACCAUGGAGGGAGAAAAGUUGGCCCAAUCAAGCUUUAACAGCAGCAAUAAUGUUAAAAAACUUCGACAAAAAGAAAAAGAGGACGAAAAAAUCAUCAAGGAUCAGUCAGAGAAAAUAGAGUCCCUCUCAAGAGAGAUUGAGCAAUUGAAAGGGAAGAUGAAAGACCAGCAGGCAACCGUUCAUGAAAAUGAACAAAACAUAUCAGAACUGAACUCUAUUAUAAGCUCCCAAAGUGAAGAGCUCUCAAACGCCAGAACAAAACUAGAAAACUGCGAGUCAGAAAAUCUUGCCUUGAAAACCAAAGUGGACGGUUUCCAACUAGAAAUAAAUUCUCUUCGAGAUAGAAACGCUCAAGCUGAAUCACGGGCCAACCAAGAAACCCUCAGUGCAAACAUAAAAGCAAAAGAACAAGCCCAAGCAGCGGUGGAACAGCUGCAAGCCAGCACUGACUUGACCAUCAAACAGCUAAACUCCCAAAUCGAGGAGCAGCAGGAGGUGAUUGGUCGGUUGGAACAGCAAGCUGUCUGGCGAGAACAACGUCAAAGGGACCAGAUUCAGGAGCUGCACCUACGCGUUGAGGAUGCAGAUGGGCGCAACCAGGAUAUUUCAACUUCGAUCACUGCGUCCACACAGCCACUUCUCAGGCAGAUUCAGCUGUUUAAGGAAUCUCUUGCUAAUCAGCAGGCUAAUUGGGAGAGAAUUGAGAAUGAGUUGAAGGAUAAGCUGGAUCAGGCAAGGUCGGAGUUAUCUGGUUCAGAGAUGGAGAAACGGGAUUUGUCAGACCGACUGCAAGUAACAAAGAACAAAGUUUCCACCCUACAAACCCAAGUUGACAACACCCGGGCUGAGCGCAACGAACUAGAAGUAACCCUCGAGGUCGUCCAAAACAAACUCUCAAUCCUGGAGGAAGAGCGCAAGAAAGACACCAACAAAUCCGACAGUAUAAAAUCACAAUUUGUGCAAUCUCUAGAAGAGAGCCAGAAGGAGUGUGAUCAUCUCCGUGAGGAGUUACUCCGCAUGCAAUCAUACGUUCGGGAUCUGGAAUCCAAUAAAUCAGUGAUGAGUGAGGUGGAAGAUAUUGCCAGCAGGAGUAGUACUCCCCCUAUAGAGUUCACGUCUCAGACUAAUAUCCUGGAGAGAUCCUUAUUUGGAAGUAGCACUCCAAUGUCGCCGACUCAGUCUAUACCUUCGCAUUCUUCGUAUCUCAUGGAGAAGAUGGCUUCUCAGCUCAAACAGUCACAGAGUGAACUAAUAUCGUAUCAAGAGCAGAUCAGGAGUUUGUCACUAAGCAAAGCGUCCUUGAGCGCGGAAAUUACUAACGUCUCCAAGAAGUGCGGUGAACUGGAACAGAAGAUCGUGGACCUGCCUUUGAUUAAGAAGGAGAAUAAGGAGCUACAAACACGUUACGACACGUUACUACAAAUGUACGGCGAGAAAGCAGAAGAAGUCCAUGAACUUCAGCUCGAUCUUACAGACGUACGUGAAGCGUACAAAGCCCAGAUCGAGCAACUUCUCGCUAAAGUUAUCCGAUAGUAGUCCAGAUUCCAGAAAGAGCUGGAGGGGGGUCUCAGAUUUAGUUUUUAUUUGUUUGAUUUAUUUGAUUUUGGUUAGUUUUGUUCUGGUAUGUUCUUGAUGAUUGAUAUGACAGAUAAGGAGGGUGUAGUGUAGUUGGGUACUCACGGGAAGAUGAAUCACGUGACUAUGGUUAACCAAUCAGGUGCCAGCAUCGACCAUCUGAAGUUAGUGUCACUGUCACGUGUCUCAAAAAAAACAUGGUUCACCUCUCUACCAGUAUCCAUAUCUAUUGGAGCUGGUUGAUUUUUAGAUUUAUUCCGAAUAUUGUUUGCAGUUUGCUUUCCCUGAUGAAAUAUUGGCAUAAACAAUCUGUUAUGACAGUGGAAUGUUGUAAAAUAGUUUGAUGAUAUGGAUUUAACACUCGAUUUGUUUCCCAAUACAGACAGGCAGCAAGAACAAUUGUUGAUAAGCAUGUUAUUAAAUAAGACGUGUUGAAUUCGUUAAUAAACACUAAAACACCCACUACUGUAACAUUGGUUUAAUGUUUUAAGAUGAGUUAAAACCUUUGUAAGAUAUAUUUGUUGAUAGGGAAAAUCCAUUGUAAGUUAUGAGCUAUUUCAUGCUGGGCAGAGUUUUAUUUUUGAAUAUAAUUUGCAUGAUAGCAAUUUUUCUGCUAACUUAAUUGUUGAUUUGAAUUCUUACUUAAAAA